ACUUUUCCACAGAGUCCUUGUGAAAGCUCUCCAUGCAAAAAUAAUGGAAGAUGUGUGUCUCUGUACAAGGAAAACAGUUAUGUGUGCCUCUGCAGCGAUGGGUUCUUUGGAAUUUACUGUGAGAAAGGUAAGAUAUGACAAAUUAAAACAUAUCUUUUAAGCUUCCUUGGCAACUUAAUUGUUAUAGUCAAAUACAAAGUAGCCUCCCACGCAGGCGUUUUUAGGGGAGCUCGUUUUUCAUCCCUCCCUACAAAAACGAGCUCCCCUAAAAACGCCUGCGUGGGUGGCUAAAUACAAAGCGGCUCAGAUGAGUUUUCUUAGUCAGUAUUCAGUCAUCACCUGUUUACAGGCGAACUUAUUACAUGAUUAAUUUCAACCUGUCAGCACCAUGGGGAAAUGCCUACUUCUUGGCACAAAUAUUCAAAGUACUUGCAGGGGAAUUAAGAUACCUAAAUACCGGAGGAUCUUGUACCGACCAGGUUAGCGGAUAUGCUUGUAUCUGUCAGCCUGGAUACGCAGGAGCACAGUGUCAAACAAGUAAGAAAUAUCUUUAGUGUAAUAUCCCUGAAUAGUUUUGGCAAAACUUGUAAUCAAUCUUUAAAUAUUGCCAUGAAAAGUUGUCUUUUCUCAUCUUGUACAUUUUGCCACAGACAUCAACGAAUGUUCCAGCAAUCCUUGUUUAAACGGAGGAUCGUGUACUGACCAGGUUAAUGGAUAUACUUGUAGCUGUCAGCCUGGAUACGCAGGGGCUAGGUGUCAAUCAGGUACGUACGCAUUAGCAUUAAGGACACUGCAAAUGUUGCUAUUUGACAUUCAAGAAGAGUUUUCAGUUCGUAUGAGAAUGACGGAGAUAAUUCGUUGAUUGUCUUGUGGCAUUGUGGCCCCUCCAACUUUGGCCCAUCCCUUCUUGGUAAUUAUUACACAGUUUCCUAUAAAACAAAAAGAGGAUGGGGUCUUUUUCGAAAGUAUAUUGAGACAAUGUAACUACCCUUCAUCGCUGACAUAUAUUAAGUAGCCCAAAUUUUUUAAUAGUUUUUGACGAGUAGGGUGACCAACACAACAUCGUGCAAUACAACACCUUGAAUGUUACAAUGUCGUUCUAACCUCUACGUGUUCUUCAUAAUUAUAAUCAAGCCUAAAAUUCUGUUCACUUUUCUCGCAAUGGUAUCAAUAUGACAAUUCACAUAAAGAGAUGAUGGUUUUAAGUGGGCCAAAGCUGCGAAAUUGGUCUGAAAUUUCCUCCAAGACAGAACCCUUCAUUUGCGGUCAUAUUUGAUAUAAAUGGUUGGUUAUUCGCACUAACUUGCAGUACUUACAUCGAAGGUUGUCUUGUUUAAAGAUGACUCCACGUAACAGUUUAUCGAGAUCCCCAGGGUACAUCAACUGAUUAUUGGGGCAAGUUAUUACAGAUAACUCUAAAUGCGUUAUAUUGAUCUGCAUAAAGUGCCACCGACUCCCUUGGAGUGACCACCUCGGGAGGAUCACUGAUAGCCUAAAAUAAAGAAAGCAGGGGGUUCUAGAUUGAUCCCUGCGACAUACAAGACGGGAUUCUUGUUUAGCGCACUUGAGCAAUUGCCAUCAGCCAUAACCCCUUACUUGCGAUUUGAUAAUCGGGAACACCCUUUCAUGAAGCUAUGCUGCCAAUAAGAAGAAAAGGUGAAUAUAUGGCCCCGGUGGAUGAUUUUUUCCUGAUAUUUACCAAAAACGGGAAACCAUAUAUUAGGAAAUGGAGCUAUUGAUUCAACGUUCUCCUUGGCAACGUGCUCUUCAGUUUCAGAUAGAGGGAACUUCACCUCGGCUAAAAGAUGGUUAGUGGCUGCGGCAGCUUCUUGGUAGGCAUUUCCCGAUUGCGCUGGAAAAUUCGCUAAAACGAGCUCAAAACAUGGCAAAAAAGUGAUCAUGACAAAUGGUGCUCGAAUUUUUGAAAAAAGUGCUUGAAAUUUCGAAAUAGUGCUUGAAAGAUGCUCGUACGUUUUUAAUUAUUUCCUAGCAGAUAUGUUCAUAAAUAUUCUUGGUUUUAUAAAAGUUUUACCCCUCGAUUUUCUAAUAAGUGACCACACUAGAAGUGAAAUAUCAAUGUUUUUUUUUUCCAAAAUGGACUGUUUCCACGGUUAAAGGGAGCAUUUUCACGACAAUAGUAAGGCGACAAGGUGGCCAAUUAUUCAGAUUCGUGAUAAAAGAAUUCCUCGGCUUACUGAAAACGUUUCAAACACAAGAUAUCGCAUUUAACAUGUGGAAAAUUGUUAAAAAAAAUUAAAAUGCUUCAUUGUUGCCCAAAAAGUGAAAAAUGCUCAAUUUCUGCUCAAAAGUCAAGAAAGUGUUCAAGAGAGCUGGAAAUGUAAAAUAAUGCUCCAAAUUCAAAAAAGUGCCGAAAAAGUGCCACGCACCAUCGGGAAAUGCCUACUUCUUGGCACAAAUAUUCAAAAUACUUGCGGGGGAAUUAAGAUACCUAAAUACCGGAGGAUCUUGUACCGACCAGGUUAACGGAUAUGCUUGUAUCUGUCAGCCUGGAUACGCAGGAGCACAGUGUCAAACAAGUAAGAAAUAUCUUUAGUGCAAGAUCCCCUGAAUAGUUUUGGCAAACUUGUAAUCAAUCUUAAAAUAUUGUCAUGAAAAGUUGUCGUUUCUCAUAUUGGACAUUUUGCCGCAGACAUCAACGAAUGUUCCAGCAAUCCUUGUUUAAAUGGAGGAUCGUGUACUGACAAGAUUAAUGGAUAUACUUGUAGCUGUCAGCUUGGAUACACAGGGGCUAGGUGUCAAUCACUGUCAGGUACGUACGCAUUAGCAUUAAAGACACUGCAAAUGUUGCCAUUUGACAUUCAAGAAGAGUUCUCAGUUCGUAUGAGAAUAACGGAGAUAAUUCGUUGA